GCAAUCAAAACUUCAUUCAGCGUAAUGUAUAUAUAUUUAUUGUCUCAAUAAAUUAAAAUGAAGGAAUAUCGUGAAAAUACCCUGCAGUUUUAAAAUGUAUUCUAUCAUACUUUUCACUGCAAAUCCAGUUGUUUCUAAACAACUGUUUUUUUAAUUGUAAAUAAUGCAAACACAGGAACGCGCAGGAGUCACAUGGUUCACACCGGUCGACUCCCAGAUGGUAGUUUUAUGGAAAUAAUGUGUAGUGGUUACCUUCAUAGUAUUGCGUACUGUAUUUAUGUGAUUUCGGAUGACGUAAUUGAUUAAUUUGAGCUACAAACUACCCUUGCAAAAUUAUCUACAUAUCCAUAAACUGUCAUACAUUUCCUUCUAUUGGUAAACCUUAUUAACUGUAUACGCGGUCCGUUAUCAUAAGGAGUUCAAAGUAAUUGUUAGAAGCCUCGCUUCCAGCAUCAACAUUGAGCCAGCGCAUCGCCUGCAGUUGUGCCGGUAGUGUCCAGGUAGUACCGGCGGAAUUGCUGAAAACAAAUGGAGAUGUGACCAAAACAUUGCACGAUGCAGUGACACGUUGGAUGAUAAAAACCUUGAAUUCAUCCCUGAUUUUAUGUUUCAUGGACCUAGCAAAUUUUUCUUGCCGUUGAAUUUUUAUAUUUUACGACGUACACAGUUUUGAGACCAUGGAAGCUGACAUAGCUGUUGUAGCAGCUGAUUUAGCUCGAGCUGUUGAGUUAACAAUGGACCCAGCUGUACCCCAACAACAGCGGAUGGAUGCGUAUACUGCUUGCGAACGUUUUAAGGAAACUUCCCCUCUCUGUGCUCAAUGUGGUUUCUAUUUGGCUCAGUGUAGUACAAUGUCCCAUUUUGUGCGACAUUUUGGUUUGCAGUUAAUGGAACAUUGUGUGAAAUAUCGUUGGAAUCAAAUGUCGCAACAAGAAAAACUAUUUAUUAAGGAAAAUGCAAUGAAACUUCUAUGUAAUGGUAUUGAGCCAUCUCUUCAGGAGCACAAUCACAUGAAAGAUGCUAUGUCUCGGGUUGUUGUGGAAAUGAUCAAACGAGAGUGGCCUCAGCAAUGGCCAAGUUUGCUUGCAGAACUCAAUAAUGCAUGUAUGCGUGGGGAAAGCCAGACAGAGCUAGUAUGCUUUGUAUUUUUACGGCUGGUGGAAGAUGUGGCCCUUCUUCAGACUUUGGAGUCAAAUCAAAGGCGAAAGGAUAUUUAUCAGGCUUUGACAAGCAACAUGGAAGAAAUAUUCAGUUUUUUCCUUUCUCUUAUUCAAGAUCACUGCAAUAAACAUAAAACUAAAAUUGCUGCUGGGCAGUUUCAAGAAGCUGCAGCAAAUGCAAGAGUGGUGCAGGUAGUGCUAUUGACUCUUACGGGAUUUGUGGAAUGGGUCUCAAUCCAACACAUUAUGGCUGAUGAUGGCCACUUACUGCAGAUUUUGUACCUUCUUCUAGACCAGGAGAGUUUUCAAAUGGAAGCAGCUGAAUGCUUACUUCAGAUAGUCAUGCGAAAAGGCAAGGUUGAGGAAAGGAAGCCACUAUUAGUAUUAUUCAGUGAAGAUGCAAUGCAGUGUGUUUUUAAAGCUGUUGGGGAUACAUCAAAUGGAGUGGUUGAUGAGCGUAAAUAUUGCUUCUUAAAAAAAUUGUGUCAGCUUCUUACUGGUCUUGGUACUCAGCUAUGUACACUUUGGGGAAAGGAUGAAGGAGUAUCAGUUCGACCUCCAUGUUUUUCUGAUUAUCUAGAAGUAAUUUUGGCGUUUACACGUCAUCCUAGUUUAACGCUAUCUCAUUAUGCUAAUUCUUUGUGGAUGGCAUUUUUCAAACAUGAUCAAAUUUCCAAGGAUCAUGUUUUCUUGACAUUUAUUCCUAAAUGGGUGCAAAGCACUGCUCCAAAAAUAAUUAAGGUGAGCUACCCAUCUGUCCGAAGUGGAGCCAUAUCAGAUACAGCAGCCUACACUGUAAUAGAUUAUGAUAGUGAAGAAGAAUUUGCUGCUUACUUUCAUCGAUGCCGUAGUGAUAUGUUGGAUGCGUUUCGGCAGGCAACUCUUGUUGCUCCUUUAGUCACAUUUGCAUAUGUCGAAGAGUGGCUGACGAUUCGCAUUCAAAAAUCAAUGGCAGAAUUAUCUAUUGAAUGUAAUUUAUUACAUCCAACAUUUCUUGAAUGGGAAGCACUCUCUCAGGUGUUGGAGAGCAUACUGAGUCGCAUUUUGCUCUCAACAGAACGCCCAAGUGUUGGCUCUGGAUUACGUCUUCUUGACCUGUGCCUUACAUACGAGCCUGUGGAUCCUCUUUUACUGUCAACUCUUUUAUCCUGCAUAUCAGCUCUUUUUGUGUUUCUGAGUAUGUCUCCAGCUGAGAGCUCUGCUUCAUUAUUACCUAGAGUUUUAGACAAGAUAUUUGCAGCCUUGGUGUUUAGUGAACCUGGACAGACCAAGGAAAGCCGUAGCCGAGCAGUAAAAAAUGUUCGGAGACAUGCAGCUAGCUUAAUGGUGAAAAUAGGUCAAAAGUAUCCAUUAUUGCUGUUACCAGUUUUUGAGCGAAUUCAUGCAACUGUGCAGAGUCUAAAUAGUGAUCCUGGCCAGUUGUCAAAAAUGGAAAGGGUUACUCUUCAGGAAGCUCUUCUGCUUAUAAGUAAUCAUUUCUGUGAUUAUGAGCGCCAGACAAAAUUUGUUGAGGAAGUAAUUGGCUCUGGAGCUUCCCAGUGGCUAUCGAUGGGAUCAGAAGCAUUUAUGGGCCCUCGAGAAUUUAUGGCUUUUGUGGGCCUUGACAGGCCUCCAGUUGAACCCAGCAGCAAUGAUUUAAAUGGGCAAAACAGAGCACACAUUACGUUCUGUGUGAAUCUUUUCAUGGCUGUCGUUAAGAGGUGUGCAUGGCCAGAUGACCCAGACCGUGCAUCCCGAGGUGGAUUUGUGGUUUCUCGUACUGAAACAGGAAAUCCAGUGUGUCGCAACCCAGCCACACCGCAUAUCAUGCCUCUUUUGCCCAACCUCCUGCAGUUGUUGCGAGUAUUUAAUGCCCUGUGGACCCCAGAUGCUUUGGCUUUAUUAUCAGAUGGUUACAAAGCAGCCCAUGCUAUGCUGGUUGUCGAUCGAACAAAUCUUCUUGGUGUGGGAAGCCCUCUGCCUGCUGAUCAUUUGGACAUAACACGGCCUCGAAAUCAGACUCCCCUGGAUCGCAUGCAGCAUUUUCUUACAUUGUGCCAUGACUACUCUUAUCACAUUCUUGGGAAUGCUGGACCAAGUCUGGGGCGUGAUUUCUAUGGCCUUCCUGGGCUCGCUGCUUCUCUUAUUUCCACUGUUUUCUCUAACUUGGAGAGGUUGAGUAACAAAUGGCAGUACAUAACACAGCUCUAUGAAACAGGAAGAAUUGAUGAUGAAAAUACUGACACUCAGGAGGUGCUUGAAGAUAUGUUGAAUCGAACCCUGACUAGGGAGUACUUGGAUGUUUUGAAGGUGGCUUUAGUUGGUGGUUCAACAGACUCUGGGUCUCUUGGAUUUGAUAUGGAUCAGGAUGAAGCACCUCGACCUAAUGUUCUCUUACAGACUGAAGUUUCUGAAUUAGGAUCUCUCAUUUUACGCUAUGAGAAUACUUGUCAGUCAGUUGUGCUUUGUAUCUUCAGGGCGCUGUUUUGGAAUGACACAUUAGCAAGUUUGAAGGCCACUCAACUUGCAGCUCCUGUUGUCAGGCUGUUGGCUAGUGAUGGUAGUUUAAAUCCAGAUGUUGCUGCUCAUAUAAUGACAUCUGUUCUUCAAGGACUACAGAUGCAUGGUCAACAUGAAGGAAAUCAGGGAUCGUUACUUUCCUUGGGUGCUCAAGUUUAUGAAAUACUGCGACCCAAUUUUCCGAACAUAGUAGACGUUAUGUUGCAAAUUCCUAACUGCAGUCCUCAUGAACUUCAAAAAUUAGAUGAAAAAAUUGUUGCAAACAAUCAGAAAGGCACAAAAGUAGAGAAAGCGAAGAAAGAAGUAUUUAAACGCAUUACUUCUCAGUUAAUUGGUCGCAGUAUGGGGCAACUGUUUCGUAAGGAGAUGAAAAUAGCUGACCUUCCAAAAAUGGAAUUACCCCAUCGACCGAAGCCACCGCCUCUUGAUGAACUUCUUCAAGAAGGUGAAACUUUGUGCCCCCUUUUUACUCCAAGUACAAACCAUGCUGUGGUGCGUAGUGAUAUUACUUAGUCGUUUUCUAAUUCUCUGAGCUACAGUAAAAUUGUGAAAGUGGUUUUGAUGUUUCAAGUUGUAGAAUUGAUGUGUUUGUGUUUUGUAUUGUGUAGAGAGCUUGAAUGCUCAUUGACCAUGAAAACAUUCUGUACAGACAGUAAAUUUAGUGUGAGGGAGUUAAUGAUGGUGCUUGCCAGUCCCUUUGUGUGUGGAUGCAUUUUUAUGUCCAUCUGAAAUGAAUGUUUUAAGUGAAGAAGAAUAUUGCAGGUCCUAAGCAAUAAUAAAUUUUAAUUCUUGUUUGACACUAUUGUAAGUUUUAACAUUCUUACUCAUGGGACUUCCAUUUGUGUAGCUGAAAGAAUCAUACUGGGUUGUGCGUAGCUUCUUUCUCUGCAAGAACUAAUGUUACAAAUUAAGUAUUAAUGUACAACACAGGGAGCAGAUUUACCCAAUGGCUUAUUUCUGUACCUUUGGCAUAAUUUGAAAAGAAGUGUGUAAUACCUUUCCAUCUUUAAUAAUUUUUGCUUUGGUUGUAAAUACAAAAUCUUCAAAUUAAACUAGAGUCACUUUUAGUUUAAUGUCAAAGCACUAGGAAUCUUAAGUCAAGAAUGGCAUGAGAUUCCCCAGAGUAAUAUUACUGAGGUCUUGAACAUUUAGACCUUUGUUACACUUCGAGUAUGGUCAGAAUUCUGAGUCUAACCAUAUCUGAUGAAAGCAUUCAAAAGACCAGAUUAAUUUUGCUUUGUUCUGCUGUACUGACUGUACCAGUGAAUUGGGUUUAGAGUAAAUGCUUAAUUUGGCUUCACGUUGGUGAGGCAGUUGGCAUUUCUGGGCGGUGCUGUGUGCUCUGUAGGUGGCAGCAUCUUUAUUACCUCUUAGACCUUUGAUUAACUUGUUCAUCUUCAUUUUUUUCCUUUCUUUCAUCUUUAUUACUACAAAUAAAUUCCCUUCAUUUUUCUGUGUUCAGUACUUGUUCCUAAUGUCAUUUUGUUGUACUGAAGAUUUUCAUUUAAAAGAAUAUUUGUUUAUCUGUGAACAAAACUGUGUUAUUAAUACAAGCUACAGGGCAUGUGCAAAUUAAUUCUCUUUUCUGUAGCGUAAAUUACUAAAGGAAUAAAUCUAUUCCUAGGAUUAACGUAGCUUUCUUAACAGAGUUGUAAUGAAGUUCUGGAUGUCAAUGCAUUGUUAAAACAGUACUUCAAUAAAACAUUCAUGCACUUGUGUAAUAAAUUGGAAUUUGAUGUUUUGUGUGUACUGCCAAUAGACUGAAUGAAGAGUGAAUUUGUUUGAUUUCUCAAGAUUGGGAGCAGCUAAAAGUUUAUUAUUAAAUGACUAGACAUACAAGUAAUAUUUUGUGUUUUCACUUAAAUUUUUUGCUGGUCCCUUAUUCUUGAAAAUCGUGUGAAUUUGAGGAAAGCUGUAUGAACUUGUCAAAAAUUAUUGUUCAUUGUCACGUGAUAAUUUACAUGUUCUAAUAGUUGUCCUGUAAAAUUCUCGUAUCCAAAUCAUUUUCUGAAACAAACAUUUGUAAGAGUAGCCAAAAAUGUGAAGUUUUAUGUUCUCAAAAAAUACAUAAUGCUCAGAUCCUUUUGUUUUAAUCAACCCUUACAGUACAAUCUGUUUGGUGAAUACCUCUCAAUGUUGUACAAUUCUUCUUGGAAUGAGAAAAAUUCGUACAUUUUUGCCAUGUCCAAACCAGCUUGAAGUGAUCAGAUUAGCCACGACAGUCCCUCCUCUUGAAUCCCUGUCCUAUAUUAUUUUGGAAAUAAACGGAAAACCAAAAAGUCCCCUUUAUGUGAGAAUGACUGAUCACCAUAAAUUACUAUCAAUAAUUUUAAGUUUAUCAUAAUGAGUUCCAUUGAGUUUGCAUUAGUUUAAAAAAGUAAUUGUGAGGUGAUCAUAUGCGCAUGAACCAUGUAACAAGUGUUUCACAGACUAUUGCAAUCAAGAAGGGAAAGAUUUAAUGGUGGAUCUACGAAGGAAAAAUGAGCUAUUGCAUCUUACGAGCUUGAAUAUUCUUUAUCGAUAUCGUUACCAAAAAAUUUAUUAAGCCGGACUUUCUGCUUCUUAAGUUUCAAAAAUGUAGUAUGCAAC